AAUAAAAGCUGAGUGAGCUGAAACUGCACACAGGAAGAGGAACUGUGCAUGCGGUGACUCUCCGGGACGCAGCCCGCUGCUUGUCUGGGCCCCACCGGCUCGCCAGAGAGACGAUAACCCCACUGCGGGCUGCGAGGAGUGGAGAGCUGCCCUGCGUGAGUCAACCCAGGGAUGAGGUGCAGCUCCAAGAUGAAGACUCCAUCUGGGCAAGGCAUAAGGCUGGCAUGCCUUCUCAGCUUGGCUUCCCUCUGCCUUCCCACCCCGCUCUGGGAGGACCGAGACUCCCUCAUGCAGGAGGAGAAAGCCAGACUGACAGGUGGCAAUUUGGUGCUGAGCACUCAGGAGCAGCAGCUCAGCACGAAGCUCAUCAGCCUCAAGAAGAAGGAGAUCGCAGCAGCCUUGAACACGGGGCAGUUCCCUCCUAGCAUGCACUUCUUUCGGGCAAAAAGCCUCAUUGAACAGAGCGCAGUGUUCAGCAUCCUGAAGCGCAUGCCAAAAGGUGCUGUCCUACACCUGCACGACUAUGCCAUGCUGAGCGUGGACUGGCUGGUGUACAAUGCUACCUAUCUCCCUGACUGCUACAUCUGCUUCACCCACACUGGCACUGUUCGCUUUCACUUUUCCAAGCCUCACCCUCCUCACCCAGUGCCAGCCCAGUGUUCCCAAUGGGUUUUGCUGGAGACUUAUCGAAAACAGCUGCGCAAUGUGACUGAGUUCGAUGACAGCUUGCUGAGAAACUUGACCCUGGUGACUGAUGCCCCGGAGCUGGCCUACCCUUCCCAGGCUUUCAUUUGGAAAAGGUUUGAAGAAGUCUUUCUCAUCGCUUCUGGACUUAUCUGCUAUGCACCUGUGUUCAAGGCCUAUUUCUACCAGGGGCUGCUGGAGCUUUAUGAGGAUAACAUACAGUAUGUUGAGAUAAGAGCUAUCCUGCCUGCGGUAUAUGAGCUCGAUGGCACCAGGCACAACAAGUCCUGGUCGGUGGCGGCGUACCAGGAGGUGAGCAGGCGGUUUGUGCAGGAGCAUCCCGAUUUCCUUGGAGCAAAGGUUAUCUUCACAGCACACAGGAUGCUGAAUGUUUCCCAGAUUAAAGAAGCCAUCAUCACCGCCAUGGAACUCAGAGCCCACUUCCCAGAUACUCUGGCAGGCUUCGACUUGGUUGGCAAUGAGGAUGAAGGUCAUUCUUUAUGGGAGUUUAAGGAUGUCCUGACCAUCCCAUAUUCCCUAGGGGUCAACCUGCCUUACUUCUUCCAUGCUGGAGAGACAGACUGGCAGGGCACCUCUGUAGACAACAAUGUGCUGGAUGCUCUGAUACUGAAUACCAGCCGGAUUGGCCAUGGACUUGCCCUCACUAAACACCCAAUAGCCAAAAAUUUGUCUCUGAAGAGGGAUAUUCCUGUAGAAGUCUGUCCCAUCUCCAACCAGGUGCUGCUGUUGGUAUCUGACUUGCGGAGCCAUCCCGCAGCCAGUCUAAUGGCUGAAGGACACCCUGUUGUGGUCAGCCCUGAUGAUCCCUCUAUCUUUGGGGCAAAGGGUGUCUCCUAUGACUUCUACGAGCUGUUCAUGGCCAUUGGAGGGAUGAAUGCUGACUUGAGGACCUUGAAACAACUUGCGCUCAACUCCAUAAAAAUCCUUUCCUGUUUUCUGGUCACAGGGAAGCUAAGCACUUUUCACCUGAGAAAACCUACCCCGGCUUCCCAGAUCCUGUUUGACUAAACACUCAUCCUGCCCUUCAAGGUAUUAACAAAGGCUCUGAAUUUAUAGGAAGUGCCUUUUGAUAUCAAGAGGUUCCACUACUGGCUUUUAUUGCCUUAUUCAGCCCAUUCACCUUGGUGAUAUUCACCUUGGUGAGAACCAAUCUCACACUGUGCAUAUCCCAUACGUUCACUUGGACUUCUGCAGUUGCCAAAAGUUAUUACAACAGCUACACAGCAAAUUAUGCCUAGACGAGUAGACUCCCUUAGUUAACAAGCUCAAAAAUAUCAGGGAAAGAACUAGUUUCAUGGAGAUUAAAAAAAUCUUCAUCAGGAUGCUAAAUAAAUACAGCAAAAUCCUUGAGUACACACACCCCAGGAACAAGCCAGGAUCAACCAGCAUCUCUCUGGCAUUAGCACAGUUGACCCAGUUUACAGCAGCCAAGGGAGACCUCACAAAUGUUCCUUCUGAAAGGUGCCUCCUCCUCAGAGCCCAAGAUUGAGUGGACUGCUGUUUCUUGAUCUGACCAGCUUGGGCAAAUUAGCUACCUUUAAGCAUCCUGCUAAUUGUCUCAAGCUGCCUGGUCGUUGUUUAUUUCCACUAACCUUGGUUAAAACAGCUUAUCAGGAGACAAAUAUACUCACUACAGAAGCAGAUCAAGCUGUGCAGCCCACAUAUCCCUUGUGUGCUCAACGUUAAGUGGCCCACAUGCUUCUGCUAGUAAUCCAAGGCAAAACCAACAAAAACUCAGUGCAAACGGAAGGCAGCUGGAUUGCAGAAGCCAGCGAGGCAAGCCUCUGAAAGCAGAAGUAGAAGCCAGUCAGAUACCGCAUGCAGCGGGUGGGCUCUGUGCUGGGCUCUGCUGGGCCUUUCCAACCAGCUGCCUUCAGCUCCAGAUCUACCCGCAUGACCCACACCUUCCUCUUGUCCCCCACAGCCAAUCUUUGCUGUUCAGCCUUCUGUGGGCCUCACUGCACAUUUAUCCAUGGGAUGAGCUUUAUACUGGAAGAGGAGCUACUGUAGAAGCACCUUUCCUCCUUUUCCUCCUCCAUGGGUAUAGCAUUAGACAUGUCUAAUGUCUAAUCCUGCUGAAGAAAGCUGUUGCAAACAGGUAGGAUGACCUAAACCAGUGACCUAAAGCCAAGUCCCUCUGAGUCCCCUCAAUAUUUCACCUUUGCUGUAUGGGAAGGGAGGAAGUAUUUAUUCUCCAUGAGUUUCUUCCUCCAGGGCAAGCCUCAUUGCUGACCAAAUGGAGCUAAUAGCAGAUAUCAGGAGCCACCACUGAGUGACACUGUUUGGGAUUACAGCAUAGGGAAAUUCAAAUUGUGCAGGUGAUCUUCAGACAAAGCCCUCAGAAAGGUGAAACCUGACUGUACAGGCGUACAUUCUGACUUGUGAUCUCCUGCUGCUGAAGGUGUCCAUCUGAGGGUUGGUCAGAGGGCAGACACUUUCCUAUCCUUAAACAGGUAUGUUUAAAUGUGAACCUGAACUGAACGGACAUCUCUGACUCCAGGGUAUAUCCUUCCCUGUAUCUCCUUCUGAACAGGGCAUUGUCAUCUAUGGGGCCUUCCCAGGAGUCUCCUAGGAAGAUGAGCGAUAACUGUUUUCAGAGCUGUGGGGUUAGACAGGAGGAGGGCUGCUCUGAUUUACAGUUGGCAACCAACUCUUUUUUAGAGCAUGCCUUAUUUCAGAGAAGGAUCCUAAUAGAAAAAUCCAGACUGCAUCCCCACCUCUCCAGAUCCAGGUGUGCAAAAAGGAGGGAUUAAGGCUGAGCCGCUGCAGUUGAGAAAGUGGAAUCUAUUCAGACACCUUCAAGGCUUAGGGUAAACUUGGUUAUGGGGCUUGGCUGGGACUUGGCUUUUAACAUUCACAACAAGUGACACUUAAAACAACAAGUGUUUUAAGUGUUUUGCUGCCAGUUUGUUUCUGUACAAUUAGUACUUAGAUCCCUGAUCACAUUUAAUGUACAUCAUAUGUAAUGUGCUCUCAUGCACAUUUCCUUCCGAACGCAGUAUUCAUUUAAAUCUUUAAACCCAUUCCCAGUACUUCUCUCUUUAACAAAUGAACCAACAAAAACAGAGCUGAGGAUACCAGUAUUUUAUGCAAAGUUUUCUUCUGGAAUGUGCAGCACAAGGGGGAUGUUCCACGUCACUCAGAGGAGUACAAUUGUGAGACUGAGAUGACCUCUCAGCAUGGUGCAAAGGGCAGUCUGACCCACAGCGCUAGUAUAUUGGAGCUGAGUCUCCCAGUCCCUCUUCCCCACUCCACACAGUAGCUGCAUCCAGCUCUGGGUCAUGGUUUCCAAGGAAUAUCACCUGAUGGACAUGAUCUGCCUGUCCCACCUCUCCUCCUGUUACAGCUUUGUACCAUCUCUGCAGUGGUCAAGCAUAGCAAGUAAAAGGAACUACUGCAGGUCAUUUCACCCACUUCUAGCAUGAUUUUAACAGAGGAAAACAAGAAGGGUAAACACUCUGUGACCAGCCCAUUUCUUUCAAAGUUGACAAGUGCUUCCUGGAGCAUCAGCUAACUAUGUGGUACAGCCAUGGCCUCUUUUCCCCAGUCCUAAUAAUGGUGGGCAUGGGAAGAAAGGGCCAGCUAGAGAACCUGAGACAUGGGUGGCACUGGAGUGAACAGGGCUGGAGGCAGCAGUGAGAGUGGUAGGAGGCUGCGCUGCACAAAGCUAGAGCUGAUGGGGAAGAAAGAGCCCCCUUUCAUGUUCAUAUGGGCUCAGGAGCAAGGAAGGAGAGCAGAAAAUCCUGAGAUAUUUCUGUACUGGCUACCUCAAGCUGUCACAAGCACAUAUCAAACCUCAUGCCUGCUCUCUCCCUCACCAGUUGCUCCCUGUGGCCUCUUCAGGCUUGAUUUAUGUAAAGGGGGAGUGGACGAAGCUUUGUUAGCAGCACACUAUCACAAAUCCAUGACUGUUUUGUGGCACAGCAGCUCACAUCACCUUUGGAGCAAUCCAGUAAAUGAGGUGUUUACCUUCUGGUCACUCACUGGCAGAAAACUGCUGAUCCAGCACUAUAAGUUGCUAUCAAAAAUCAAGCCAGCAAAAACAGAGAAGUAAAACAAUUGGUUGAAAAUAGAGGUAGGCCCAAGUAAGCCAGCGGGGCUAUAUGCAAGCCUCCGUUGCCACAGUGGCCAGGUGCUAUGCAAACCCUUCUGUCUGGCCAUAAAGCACAGGGCUGCUCAGCCUGAGGUAGGUUUUUCUGCUGCAAAUCGCUGAAUUAGUCUCUUUCUAAGCAGCAGAAGGACAUUUCCUUGGCCAGAAACUUGCAGCUCUAAUUGGCUAAGUGCUUAAUUCCUUUCUUUAAAGGUUUGCAGCAGUUGCAAUGAUGGCAAGUGGAUCGAGUAUUUUCUGCCCGCUGAGGGACAGGCAGGUGAAGGGUCUAGCUCUCAAUUCUCCUGGCCUGUCAUUUUUAUCAGGCCGUGUCCUCCCCCUAGGUCAUUACGGGAUAAGAAAGGCAUUUUACUGUAUUUUCUCAACCUCUCGGUUGUCCAUCAUUCCACAGGCAGUCUGCAGCAGGGAGGGAGAGGAGAUAAAGCCGGGGGGAGGGCUGUCUCGGCCCACUGGGGCCUCUGCAGGAAGAAAAGCGAGGGAAGGUGGGCUGCCUCCAAGGAGGGUGUUAGAAGGUCAGUAAGGGGGUGAUGACAGGGCUGAGAGCCCAGGGAAAACAGAGCUGCAGGGUUUACACAGAAACCAAAGGAGGAGGCUGUGAGCAACCAACUGCUGUGCUUGCCUUGAAAGCGAAGGGGGCGUGGAAACAUCUAAGAGGAAAAAGAGUCUCCCAUGGGCUGGUGUGAGAGGGGCAGAGACCGCCUCUGGGGCUCUGGGGGUGUUAGGGAUACAGCUGGCAACAGAUGCGCCCCUAGAAGGAAUCCUCAGGGCCAUGUAUAACAUGCCAAGCCAGAGCUCUGGAUAGCAACGCUGACAAAAGCCUCAGCUCCAAGGGAAAGCCACAGGCCAGCAUUUGGCUUAGGGAAGAGCAGACUAAGGCCUGCUGCAGCCGGCAGGGCAGGCUCUCGGCAGCCAAAGCGGGUACUGCAGGGUGUGGAGCUUGGCAGCCGUACCGCUCCAGCCCUGGCCUUGUGUGCCAGGCCCAGCUUGUGCCUGACCGCUGGCAAACUCCUUCGUGGGGCUUUAAAAAUAAAUACUUCAGCCUGC